CGAGCGGGAAAUAGGGGAAUAAAAAUACGUGGCGCGUUACUCAGAUCCGUCGAUUUGCUGACUUGGUCUGAACAAAAGCAAUCCGGGACUUUUAUCACGUGACUUGCGUCAGCCAGCCAGCAGAUCGAGGCAAGCAGACGCGCCGUUCCGAUGUCGGUGUACUGGAAGGAGCAGUUGAGGAUAAUUCUUAAGGUGCUGCAUAUUUUCGAUUUUUUGGGAAAACUUUUAGCGUGACCACAAAACAAAAGGACGACUGUUGUAUCAGCGAACGCUGUUAUAUAGGUUGUGAUUUUUUGUCAACCCGUAGUGGUACCGUUCUUGGCCGCUGGGCCGACACAUCAUGUACCGGCCACCUCGUCUUCGUGUGAUGGAGGUGAACCCAUACUUGACUUGCGUGCUGUGUGGCGGCUAUUUUGUGGAUGCCACAACUAUCAUAGAAUGUCUCCAUUCAUUUUGCAAAACCUGUAUCGUACGAUAUCUGGAGUCCAGCAAAUUUUGUCCUAUAUGUGAUGUCCAAGUACACAAGACGCGACCUUUGAUGAAUAUUAGGGCUGACAAGACCCUACAAGAUAUCGUCUACAAAUUGGUUCCUGGGUUGUUUCGAAAUGAAAUGAAACGACGAAGAGACUUCUUCGACACUAACCCUGAAGCAGCCGCUUAUGUGACAUGUCCGGAAGACCGCGGGGAACUGACAGAACAGCGAGUAAUCUACAGCCCAGACGACACUAUCAGUUUAUCUCUGGAGUACGGAUACGGGAAAAAUCAGUUGCCGACCAAUGGCCAUUCCGCCACAACUACCGAUUCUGGAGAUUAUACGGAUUCUAAACGUCGAUUCCUCUGUUGUCCAGCUGCAGUAACAGUGGCUCAUCUCAAGAAGUUUAUCACCAUGAAAUACGGUCUUACUCAAUCGUACAUGGUUGACCUCAUGUAUUACGACGAUUCACUACGCGAUGACUACAAACUGAUGGAUAUUGCUUACAUUUACACUUGGAAGCGAAAUGGGCCUAUGAGGCUUUUCUAUAGAAUUUUGGACAAACCUUACAAGAGGUUGAAAACGUGUCACCCAACCUUAACUGAAACGCCAACUGUCAGUACUGAUGACAAAGUCAAGUCAUUCACUCCACAAAUACCAAAUAGAAUGCCUUCUGGUAUAGAGACAAAUGGAGUAGAGUCUUCAUGCACUGAAGAGAAAGAGGAUACUUUCAUUGAAAUUCAGUCAGGGUCACAAAGAAAAAAACCAACCAAGAAAGCAAUCAAGAUAACUUGAAAAGUCUUUGUGGUGAACCUUUCAAAGAAAGUCGCCCAGUUCCAUCAAAUUCAACAAGUGAUAACAGUCAAUUGAAUGGUACACAACAGGUGAUUACCAUAGAAAAAAAGAAAAAAGAUUAUAAAUCUCAAUCCUCCAAUGUUUUUUAUCUUCCAAAAAUCAAAACUAA